AAGGAAUAUAAUAAUCACUCACCACUUCCAGCACCCUUGGCUCUUCAUCCCCCUCGAAAUUGUACGACACCAGAUGACAAAAGCCGCAUCACAAUCCCCUUCAACUCAACAGUGGGCGUUUACUGCACCGCCAUUUUGUAAAAUGGGGGCGUUGGUAAGGAGGGAAAGGUACCUUCCCUUCUCUCGUUAUACCGCCAACAUUGACUCGCUUAACCUCACCGCGGUAGUUGUCCAACUCACGGAGACUCGCGAGUCGUCAGGUAAACCGCCAGCCGGUGAGAGCCCGUGCACAAUCUGUCGAGCCGGUCUUCAUCGACACCAUACGCAAUUCAAUCGUUUCUAAAAAUUUCUCUUGCGCACAUGACCACGACCGUCGAUUUCCGACUGAAUAAAAAUACACAAAAGUGAUUCAGUCCUUCAACCAUUAUCCAAAACAAUUACAGUCCAAUUCUGUUCCAUUCCCCCGUGUUUUGUUUGCGUCCCCGGUUGACCCCCCCGCGCUUGUGUUGACACCAGUGGUCUUUGCUAAUCCGACUCCCGCAGUCACUCUAGUCAUCCUUCUGGCUCAGUGAUGAGUGGUAGCCGGACGCGCGGGCAAACGACAAAAUAACCGGCGUCGAUUCCAUUGUUUUAUGGAAAAUCCGUGGUUAAACGUGUUCUGCGUGGCCUUUAGCAACUUGCGAUAACGCUCGACAAGCCAUUCUUAAUGAGUAAUUUGUGGUGAUUUGUGGAUUAAUGGCGGUGGGAGACGCUAUGAGUGAAGGAAUUUAUGUGUGCUGUUGACAAAUCAUUUCGAUUGCCAACAAAAUUGAAGAGGAAAAAAAAAGCGGCUCAACAUGUCUGCUCGAGACUUCCCCAGCUCGUAAUUAACGAAACACGGUGAAUCUAAUUAGUCCCCGAAGGCAAGUGGAUUGACGUUAUCAAUAUUUUCAUUCCCUAUUUUUUUUUUCUCGAGUCACUGUCGCGCGUCGCCACGGCCCGUUGCGUCUGCCCACCAGUGUUGAGCGGGAAAAAAAAAAUAACCUCGCAAACGAGUUGUGAAAUAAUGAAACAAUGAUCGAAAUGUCGAAAAAUGUGUGUAUGAGGAAUGAUAAAUUGAUUAUCGCGAAAAAUACGUGCAAUCUGGUGUCAUGAGUCGAGACAAUUCAUGUUUGACACUUAUCAGUGGUACAUCAGUCGAGUUUUUUGGUAAUAUCGGUCACAGUAAUAAUCCAUCAGUGGAUAAUCAGAUGGACCUCAGCACGACAACCCGACGCCCGCCGGAUGCCGGCGCUGCUGAUCACAUUGUUCAGAAGACAACGGCCAAUCAUCGAGUGGCUAAGAGUGUCUUCAGCAUACGCAGUCUCGUGGAUGUCGAGGAUGCUGAAUUGCCUGGUAAUGAUGAGAGUAAUCGCACCUAUGAGAAUCCAGGGCGAGGUAGCAGCGAGGCCGUCUCACAGACGAGCCCAACAAGUAGUACAGGGAGUUUGGGGCUCAGCCAACAGAGCCAACAGCAAAUACAACAGCACACGAAUCAGGCACAGAUGGGAAUAUCAGCAACGGAGGAGAGCAGGCACGAGGAUGAAGGAGUUCAUCCCCGUGCUGCACCCACUAGUCCCGAAAGUGAUGCUGAGGUUGAUGAUUUUGCACCCAAAAGAAAGCAGAGAAGGUACAGAACAACCUUCACCAGUUUUCAGCUCGAGGAGCUUGAAAAGGCCUUUUCAAGAACACACUAUCCUGAUGUGUUUACCAGGGAGGAACUUGCCAUGAAGAUUGGUCUUACCGAGGCUCGUAUCCAGGUGUGGUUUCAAAAUCGUCGGGCCAAAUGGCGGAAGCAGGAGAAGGUCGGUCCUCAGGGCCAUCCAUACAACCCAUACUUGGGUGGAGGUGGUCCACCGCCGUCGGCAGUGGUGGCACCAACGUUGCCCAAUCCAUUUGGUCACUUGGGAUCGUUUGCCCUGCGUAAGCCCUUCGAGGCCUUCCGAUAUCCACCACUGGGUCACGGUCCAAUUUUAACGGGUGGAUAUCCCAAUCACCCCUAUCAUCGAGCACCACCUCCUCUCCUGCCACCAGGAAUGCCACUCCCCUACAGCUCAGCUGCGUCAUUUCAAACACUACUAGCUAAUAUAUCAGCAGCACAAAGGCCGAAAAUUGUCAGGAACUCACCACCACCUCAGCCACCACCACCACCUCAAUCAUCGCUAUCGGCACCAGUUCCACCGCCUACAGCAGCGCCUCCAUCGCCUGUUGUUGGACAUCCACUACCUCCCGCAUCGUCGACAAAUACGAGUUCACCAGCUGGCUCACCAACAGGCAGUAUAACAACAUUACCAGAUAUCGAUAGACGUACCAACAGCAUUGCCUCCCUGAGACUAAAGGCACGUGAAUACGAACUUCAUCUUGAAAUGCUUCGAAAAAAUGGUGAUCUCAUAAGCUGAAGAAUCGUAUAACUGUCAUUAUGUUUAACAUUCAAUAAUGUGAAAUUGAUGAUCAAGCAUAAUUGAUCAAGCCCCGAUGAUUUACCAAAGACAGGCUCUUUGGAAUUCAUUUCCUAAGCUAGCAUGACGAAUGAAUUUUUAACAUGCACACAAAAAACGAGAAGUGUUCAACUCUCCUCUAUGUGGGGGAUAAAAUGAACCUGUUUAUGCUUUAUUAACAUCGAAGGAGGAUAGAUCAUCCUCCGAGAAAUAUGAUGAAUUGACCGUACUGUAGAAUUAUUUUAUACCCUAGAUGAAAAAGCCUUCAAUGAGGGCUUGAUUAGUCUUGUCGUUUUUUGUGACAGACGAGCUUGAAACUCAAUUUGCUGCUCUUCUUUUUCAAAUUAACUCUGCAAGAUGAUCAGGGGCAAUUGGUUAAGUUCCGAUGAUCUACCAAAGACAGGUUCUUUGGAAUUCAUUUAUUAAUCUGAAUAGAUGAAUGAUUUUUUUUUUGCACAUCGACAAAAAACGGAAAGUAUAAGCUUGAUUCUAUAUCUAGGGAAUAAAAUGAACCAGUUUAAGGGAAAUUGCACCGAAACAGGAUAUAUUAUCCUUAGAGAAGAAUUAUAAAUCCUGAAUUCGAUAUAUAUUGUCCCCUAAAUGAAAACCUACCUGUCAUUUUUUGUUACGACUGAGCUUGAAUCUUAAUUUACUGCUCUUGUUUUUUUUAAUGAUCUUUGCAAGAUGAUCAAGCUCCGAGGAUCUAUUAAAGACUGGUUCUUUGAAAUUCAUUUUGUUAAUCUAGGUAGAUGAAUGAUUUUUUUUACAUAUGCACAAAAAACGAGAAGUGUUCUACUCUCUUCUAUUCUGAUUUAAAUUGUCCUCAAAGAAAAAUGAUGAAUUAACCCCUCAUUCUUCAUGCAUUAUCUUCUGAGUGAAAAUCCCUUGGUAGAGAAUAGAAUCCACUUGUCAUUUUUUUAUAUGAAACGAGCUUGAAUUUCAAUUUGCUUCUGUUUUUCAAAUGAUUUUUGUUCAGAGAGUUUACAUCGAUAUAUGCUGUAUCAAUGUAUUGCAAGAUCGCCACUUUGACAGGUCAACUAAUGAAUGAUAAUGAUCAUAAAAAAUUUAACCAUCGAUUCCUGGAAAUGUCGUCGCUUUCAAGUGGCGGUUGCAAAAUCCCCCGCUGCAAACGCAAUCCACUCAAGCCUUAAUGAACCAAUAAUUGCGGUUUUAGAAAUUUCAGAAAUAUCUAUUCAAUCCGGAUAUUUAUUGGUUUAUUCGUUAUACAUUCUCAAUCCUUAAUUUUCAUAACUUAACUAUCACCAUGACCCGAACAUUCAGGCAACUAUUAAUGAUAGUUUAUCAUUUAAUAAUUGUCUAACGUUGCGUUACGGUAUAGCUGUAUAUGGGCCAAUGAAUGAAAUUCAAGUGUUGAGGAUUGAAAGUUUAAUGAUAUUUGUAACAUCCGGUUAAAUGUUGAAAUCGUGUAUUGAUAUUAAUGUCGAUCUUUGCAAAGAAAUAUUUCUUAUAUUGAAUAUAUGUUUCCGUAGGAUAUAUGUAACUAAUAGAUACGUUACAAAUAUUUAUACUUAUUGUAUUAAACAUAUUAUAUUGUUAUUGAAAUUUUACAUAAGUGAUGAAGAGAAGAAGUAAUUGAGAAGUAGCUUAAAGUUGUAAAUACAGAACAUUCAGGGCCUCUUUUCACUGGUUCAAUCACAACCUUCUUAUUUUUAUGAACAUUCCUGUGCUUCUCCAUUGCUAUACGCAAUAAACAAUACAUACCAAUCCAAGUGAUGGAGAUUGGAGGAUCGACGGUUCGAAAGAAAGGGGAAAAAAAUUCCCUAUCUCAAUUACUUAGACUAAGAAUAAAAAACAAAAUUUUGUGCCCUUACCAAUCCAACAUUCUAAUUAGCUUGUUAAUAUCAUUAUCAGUCUCCCAUUACCAUUUUUUUUCUUUCUUUGCGACAAAUGAAACAUAUAAUUGCCAAUAAAGAAACGAGGAUUUUCGAAUGUAAAA